CAGCGCCAACGCUCCGGAGGACCGCCGCCACGCCGCCACCAGCUCCGCAGCUCGCAACUCUCACCUCGCACCUCGCCGCGGCGCCCACGCGCAGGUCAUCACGCUCCGCAGAAGGAACUAGCGGUUAGAGGCGAAAGCGGUCACGUGACCCCGCUACCCGGCGAACACCUGACGAGGGACGUCGCACGCGCCGCCGCCGACGCAGCCAGUGGGACCGUGACGCCGCCGACGGAAGGACAAACAGCAGCGCAGCGCCUCCGCCGCCCCGCCAACUCGCACCAUGGGAGCCUCAGCCGCUAAGCAACAGGAGAAAGCAGCCAGCUAUGCAGUGGAAACCAGCAAGCAGCCUCCAAAAAGUAAUGGGUCCGUGUUCGACAUGACGGCAUUCUCGUCCACUGCGAAACUCGCAGAGGGAGACCCCGAGAAACCUGGCCUACCAGCGUACGAUCCCUUCCAGGAGAGAGAUGUGUCGCACCCAAACAGCGACGUCGGUGCGCUGGCACACCUGCUCAAGAGCAGCCUGGGCAGCGGAAUACUGGCCAUGCCGCUGGCCUUCCGCAACGCGGGGCUCGCCUUCGGGAUGGUCGCGACGCUGGUCGUCGGCUACAUCUGCACCUACUCCGUCCACAUGCUGGUGAACUGUUCGCAAGUGCUGAGUCAGCGCGUGCGGCAGCCCAGCCUGACUUUCGCCGGGACGGCGGGCCGCGCCUUCGAGACCGGACCGCCCGCCCUGAGGCGGUACUCCAGGGCUGCACACAACGCGGUGGACGUGCUACUGCUGGCGACCUACUACAGCAUGGUCUGCGUCUACAUCGUCUUCAUCGCCACGUCGCUGCGACAGGUGCUGGUCUUCUACUUCCCGGAGGACGCGAACUUCGACGUGCGGCUGUACAUCGUGGCGACGGCGCCGCUGCUGCUGCCGCUGUGCAUGAUCCGGCAGCUCAAGUUCCUGGCGCCGUUCUCGGCCGUCGCCAACCUGCUCAUCUGCGUCAGCUUCGCCAUCACGCUGUACUACAUCUUCACUGACCUGCCGCCGCUCUCCAGCCGCGACUCCUUCUCCAGCAUCGGCCAGCUGCCGCUCUUCUUCAGCACCGUCAUCUUCGCUGUCGAGGGCAUCGGCGUGGUGCUGCCAGUGGAGAACAGCAUGAGAAACCCGACGCAUUUCCUGGGCUGCCCAGGAGUUCUCAACAUCGCCAUGGGCAUCGUCAUCGGUCUCUACGCCGUCAUCGGCUUCUUUGGAUACCUGAAAUACGGAGACGAUACUGAGGGCAGCAUCACACUAAAUUUGCCAUCAGCAGAACCGCUGGCGCAAGCCGUCAAAGUGCUGAUCGCCGUGGCCACCAUCUUCUCGUACGGGCUGCAGUUCUACGUGCCAACCGAGAUCGUUAUGAGGCGCAUGAAGCCGCGUCUGCCGCACGCCUGGGCCAAUCCCGCCGAGUUCGGCUACCGCUUCCUCACAGUCAUGCUCACAGUGGCAGUGGCGGCGGCGGUGCCCGACCUGGGCCCCAUCAUCACACUGGUGGGCGCCGUCUUCGCGUCGACGCUGGGCCUGCUGUGCCCGGCGGUGAUCGACAGCGCCACCUUCUGGGAGACGGCGCGCUGGUGGCGGCACGCGCGCAACGCCUUCGUCUGCGUCUUCUCGCUGUUCGCGCUCGUCACCGGCGUCUACGCCAGCCUGCUCGACAUCAUCGCCACCUACUGAGGCGCCGCUGCUCCACAGUAUUCCUACCGCAUCGCCCGGGGCGUUGACGCUUGUGUCACGCGGAAAGCACCGUCCACGUUCGCAAUUACGGACAGUAAAAAGCUGUUCACUUCCUUGUGAAGGAGUCGGCUGAAGUUUUACCUAUUGCUAGUGAAAGCGAUUGAGGCUCCAAGUGUCUCGGUACAUACGUCUACAUCGAAAAAAACCUGAUAUAUUGCGUCACUUCGCAGUUAACUGUGCCGUCUGCCUUGCACAGGAGACCAUAAGGAAUCGAUAAAAGUGUGAAUGCAAAUUUUAAUAGAGCGCCGUAAGUACGUCUAUUCGUGGCAGAGUCUGCACUACUGGCUGCUCAGAACAACGUUGUGAAGAUAAUUCUAAAUGGUAGUUCAACGAAAGUUAGCUGCAGACACUCUAGUUGUGUGAAAGUUUAGCAGUGCACAUAUGUGCAGCUUCCAUUACGUGAUACUGGUUCCACUGCAAGAGAGCUGGAGCUGUCUUUUCAGGAAAUACAGAACGGAAAUGGCAGCAAUACUAUGCACCAGCUUUGGGUAUUUGCCAAUAAGAGUAGCAAUUAUUCUUACAUUCUCAAUGAAAAAAUCUAAUUGUUACAUUGUCAAAAGGUAGCAGAAACUCUGAGUGUAAGACUGUUUACUCAAUGCAACUCUUUGGUAGCCUUCAUCUCCUCCUCCAGAGGGCCAACACCAUCAACUGUCGAGUUACCGAACAAGAGAAACGCGGAAACACUGAUGCAGCAGUGCGUCAGGGAAAGUCAGAUGGAAAGCCUUCCCGGUGCAACGACUCAAUGCCUCAUCUGACCACUCUCUUCGUUCGCACAUGUUGUAACGUACGCUACAGUCCAGAAGCUUGUGUCACAAUUGAGAUAGUCAGCGAUCUGAUUUCGUGCGAACUUGCAAAAAUGUAAUUUUAUUCAUAAUUUUCGUUAUUUGGCAAUAGGUGAAAAAUUUCUAAAUGUGCAGUAUGUCAGAGCACCACCAAGUACCGAUAACGGAAUAGACGUUCUCGUAACGCUGGAAUCUGCCUAGAUGCUGCAGAGUAACAGUUUAGUACCUGAUAUCGAGUUUUACACAUCAUAAAUUGGAUGCGUCGAACGUGAUAUCUUUAACGCUGUGUGUGAAACAAUGAAAAAUAUGGGACUAACAAGAAACUGUGUCUGGACGUUUGAAAAGACGGAUCUUAACUAACUGACUCGUCGGUAAUGCCGAAAGAGCUUUGUACAGUAUUAACUAUAUAACUAUUUUUAUACCUGUGAUAAUAUUUUAUAGUUACAUUGACAAUCCUAAUAAAAUUUUCUUGUUUA